UUUAGCAAGGCGCUCGCACUUCUCCUUGUGUAUGUGUUUUGUGAUUUGUGGCCUCUCAUGCCUGAGCCUGAUUGCCCCGAUUAAUUUUGAAAUAGCCGAUGAAUAGCCGUAUGGGUUUUUGUACAAUGUUUAUUAUUGGAUUGUAAAGGCCACUAAGUGACUAGGAUGAAGGGCAAUAAUAAGAAUAUAGCAAGAAUACGAGCCGAAAGUUUUAGUUCUAUAAAUGAAAAGGCUGUAGAUGAUAUUUCAUUAGACUUCUUUUACAAACCUCAUACCAUUACGUUAUUAUUAAUAUCAAUUGGGGCAGUAAUUUAUUUUGCAUUUGUCAGGGAUACACAUGAUGUUGAAAAAAAUAUCUGGUCAGGAGUUUUGUGCUGCUGUUUUUUCUUUUUUAUUAUAUCAGUUUUGGCCUUCCCCAAUGGACCAUUUACAAGACCUCAUCCUGCAGUAUGGCGUAUAGUAUUUGGUAUGAGUGUAUUGUAUCUGUUAGGAUGUCUUUUCGUUCUGUUUCAAAAUUUGGAUACAGUAAAGAACAUUUUAUAUUGGCUAGAUCCAAAUCUUAAGGAUUUCCAUAUUGAUAUGGAUAAAGAGUAUGGUGUAAAUUGCUCUGAUAUAACACCUGAGAGAAUAUGGUCCCAUAUAGAUGUUUUCGCUUUAGGUCAUUUCUUUGGCUGGUUAUUUAAAGCAGUGUUAAUUCGGCAUAUGGGCAUUUUAUGGGCAAUGAGCAUCAUGUGGGAGAUUACAGAAUUAGCUUUUGCUCAUCUCCUUCCGAAUUUUAUAGAAUGUUGGUGGGAUGCAAUGAUUUUGGACGUUCUGGUCUGUAAUGGCUUAGGAAUUUGGUGCGGAUUAAAACUUUGCCAAAUUUUAGAGAUGCGAGAAUACAAAUGGGAGAGCUUUAAAGAUAUACAUUCAACUACGGGAAAAAUCAAACGGGCGGUUUUACAAUUUACUCCGGAAAGUUGGACAUCCGUAAGAUGGUUGGAUCCAAAGUGUUCUUAUAUGCGAAUAUUUGCACUCUGUGAAUUAGUUUUAUUCUGGCAAGUAUCAGAAUUGAACACAUUUUUUUUGAAGCACGUUUUUGAAAUGCCAGCCUCACACCCUCUUGUUAGCGCGAGAUUAAUACUGAUAGGCGUAAUAGUAGCGCCAUCUGUACGACAAUAUUAUUGUUAUGUGACAGAUACAACCUGCAAAAGAGUAGGUACCCAAUGUUGGGUUUAUGGUUGCAUCAUGGUUACUGAGUCUUUAAUUUGUAUAAAACAUGGACAGGAGCUGUUUCAACAAACUCAUCCAUUUAAUAUUUUUAUCUGGCUGGCUAUUCAGUUCCUUAUUUCAGCUGGAUCUGUUAUUGGAUAUGCAAUUUAUUACAAGUAUAACCCGCCGCAAAACUACUUUAUUGAAAAACCUAAAAAGGGUGCCAAGAAAAUUUUAACCAAAGUGGACUAAUUUUUAACUAGCGAUGCGCAAAUGUUGAAUAUUUUCAAAGCGUUGAAUAUUUUCUCAGGUUUUUGGUUUUUAUAAAACUGAUAUCUAAACUGUUUGAAAUCAUUUACAUGGUUAUUAAUAUAAGGUAUAAAUCUAGUUCAACUUUUGGCUGUGGCGUAAUCCAAAUAAAGUAUAUAUCUCACUUAUGUACCAUACCAAGAGAGCUACGUUAUAGAUUGAUAUAUAAAGUUUUUGAAUAUUUUGUUUCACUUUGAGACUUUUUUUUAUUGUCCAUAAAAUUUUUCUUUAUUAGAGUUUGAAUAAAAAAUUUGCAGCUAUAUUUAUAAUCAUCCUUGAAUCUUUUUGUUCGGAACUGCUUAAAUUAUUAAGUUUAAGAUUAUUCCUUGAACUUAAUGUAUCUAAUUCACCUCAUGUUCUGUAAUAAAUGGCUGUAUACUUACCAUAUUUUGAUACAAAUGUACUAUAUAAUUGUUUUUUUUUAUUAAAAACAAUUGCACAAAGAGACGUACUUAGAUAUUGAACAUUAAACUGUAUAUAUAUAUGUACACACAAAAAAUAAUAGCUUUGUGAUAUAAUAUAGAAUAUUAGAUUACUCCAGAUCAUAUAAAUUAACGUGUAUAUUGCUAUAUCAUGUUUUGUGAUAUAACUGGACUAAAUAAUGUCUUUUGCAACUGAAUGAAUAUAGCAAUAAUAUAUCAUUUCACACGUGUUUUCCUACAAUAUUUGCUUUAUUAUAUUUUUAUUAAAAUCCGAAUUUUAGGGCUCGAACAUAGGAAACAAUGUUACAAUUAAUAUUUUUUUUAAAUUAUUAGAAUAUGUGUCACCAUACAUAUAAAAGU